GAAGAGCUCCGAGACCUUAAGGACUAUUCACUCAUCCUCAGCGAUGUCGACUGCGACGUUUUCCUGCGUGAUUCUCAGCCUGCUCGCUUGUGCAGCAGCGAGCGCAGUUUUGCACAACUCCAACGCCAUCAAGUCCGGUCCAGCUGCGGUCAGCGCCGCUCCAGAUGUGCUCCCUGUGGAGGAAGGGGAGCAGAACCUGGCCAUCGACACAGCGCUGCCGCUCCUGUGCGCAGCGGAUUCCGAGUGCGGCCGCGAUGAGUUCUGCUUCAUGUCCCGGAGUUCGUGCCUGCAGUGCAAGAAGCGCAGAAAGCGGUGCACCCGGGAUGCCAUGUGCUGCCCUGGCAAUCACUGCAGCAACGGACUGUGUCAACCCAACGACCCUGACCUGAUCCUCCAGGCUGGAGUCGAGGAGCCCGUCCCCAUCGGCCCUCUGUCUGAGGACAACGCUACAGUGAUCCUGGAGGCUAAAGAAGCACCUCGAGGUCUACCUCAAAACCCCAAAGGUCUGGAAGGCGAGUCUUGCGUCAGGUCUGCGGACUGCGUCGAGGGGCUGUGCUGCGCCCGUCACUUCUGGUCCAAGAUCUGCAAACCAGUGCUCAAAGAGGGCCAAGUGUGCACCAAACACAAGAGGAAGGGAACCCACGCCCUGGAGAUCUUCCAGCGCUGUGACUGUGGGGACGGUCUGACCUGCAGGAUGCAGAAGGGCGACCACAGCAAGUCCUCACGAAGUCUCCACACGUGCCAGAGACACUGAGAUACUGAACAUUUAUUAUAUAUUUAUUACGGAUUAUUUCCUGAAUGCUCCUGAGUGCCUCGCAAAUGAAACUGGAUUUUUAAACCGGGAUGUUUAUUUUAUUUAGUUUUCACUUCUUAUGACGUGUGUGUGUGUGUGUGUGUGUUCAUGGCAGGGUAGAUAUAAAUGUUUCUCGAUGGAACUUGGCGUUGGAUGGUCGCAGUACAUUACUGUGUUGUAAAUACUAAGCAGAAGUUGGCACUUAAUGUCAUUUUGUCAACACAGAGAGGAUGCAGGGUUUCUUUGUAAAUACGUGUACAGAUUUCCACAGUCAUAGUCUGAUAUAUUUUUUAUUCUAAAUAAAGCGUGUAACAAUA